CAUCCCUGCCUUUCCUCCAUCAAACCCCAUUUUCUCUCUAUAUAUAUCUUGUCUGUUUUCUACCUAAUUCCUGCCAAUUUCAAGAAACUUAAUCCCGGCCGCCCUGUCCUGGGAUUGUAGCAAUCGCAAGAUUUUAUUUUAUUUUUUGAAUUAGAUGAUCUUUUUGAAUCUGCCGAAAACUCCCCAAAUCUCCUCGAAUUCGAGGUUAUUUUUGCCUCAUUAGGAUUCAAGCAGUCCGUUGAUUUGUUAUUUUUAUUUUAAUUUAUCUUUGGGGUUUUGCGCCGGGGCUUAAUUCGAGGUGGGCGCGAGCUUGAUGAGUUUUGGAAGGGAUGGUGAAUAAUCUGGAAGAUGGGGAGAAAAACCCAUCGAUCGGAGGCAGCAGCGGCGCUACCAGGUCAUGGGGCACCACAUUCUCCAGUCAAUCUGUUUCCACCGGCGGCAGUGUUGGGUCGCCGCCGUCUAGCCGUAGCGAGGCUGCCUUGGCCACUCCGGUCAGCAACGGCACUUUUGAUCGCUCAGAUAACCUUGAUGUUCACCGUGAUGAUGCCCGAUCUCAACCCACUGCUGGGAAGAAGAAGAAAGGUCCGCGAGCAGCACCAGGUGGAGGCGAUAAGAGUAGUAGAGGAUUGCGCCAGUUUAGCAUGAAAGUCUGCGAGAAAGUGGAAAGCAAAGGAAGAACCACAUAUAAUGAGGUAGCAGAUGAACUUGUAGCUGAAUUUGCCGAUUCUAACAAUAGCUUUGCAUCCCCAGACCAGCAACAAUAUGAUGAGAAAAACAUUCGACGCCGCGUUUAUGAUGCUCUGAAUGUUCUCAUGGCAAUGGAUAUUAUUUCAAAAGAUAAAAAGGAUAUCCAGUGGAAGGGUCUACCGCGAGCAAGCAUAAACGAUAUUGAACAGCUAAAGACAGAGUGUCUUGGAUUGAAAAACAAGAUUGAAAAGAAAGCGGCGUAUUUAGAAGAACUUGAGGAACAUUACACAGGUCUUCAAAACCUCAUAAAACGUAAUGAACAGUUGUAUGGCUCUGGAAAUACUCCAACUGGUGGCGUGGCUUUACCCUUUAUAUUGGUUCAGACGCGCCCUCAUGCAACGGUUGAAGUGGAAAUAUCAGAAGACAUGCAACUGGUGCACUUUGAUUUCAACAGCACUCCAUUUGAGCUCCAUGACGACAAAUAUGUCCUCAAGGAGAUGCAAUUCUGCGAAAGACCCCUGCCACGUGCCAAUGGAUGGGAAGGUUCCAGCAACCACGACGCCUUCCAAACUUGUACCCCCAUGCAAAAUAUGUCUGGUAGGCCAUCUUCUUCUUCUCUCCCUGGGAUACUUAAGCCAUGCACCGCCAAGCAUGAGCCCCCACCCCGUACCCCCACCCCACCAUCUAGUAUUUGAUUAUUACUCUGUAUUAUUUAUGUGUACCUGUCUAGCAUCUGUACAUCAUGUACAAUAUUAUGCUUUUAGUCUGGAUCCCGAGACCCCCGCCCCCCCACCCCUCCCCAUUGCCUUAUAGUGUAAAACAAUUAAAAAAUUAUUUUCUCACCUCUUGGAUUUGCUAUUCACUCCCUCGUCUCUUUAUUUCAUUUCUCAUCCUACUCCUUCUCUCAAUUUGCUCCUCUGGUCCAUUGAAUCCAAAAUUGCUGUUGUCCUCAACCCUCUCUCAAGUAAAUUGCUGCAAUUUAAUUGCUUGGAUUGCCCGUAGGAUGAGUCUCAUCUCCGAGGACUUCUCAGACUCAUCCGGACGAUCAAUGAAAGGAGGUAAAUGAG